AUGUAUCUAUGCCAGCGUUGCCAAAAACAAGAAGUUAGAGAAUUAGGAGAAAAAUGUAAAUUUUGUCGUCAAGGAACGCCGAUCGAAAGUAUUCCUGUCGGAGACAACCUUUCUGCUUUGAGAAGUGACCCAAAAUUAAGACCCACAACAGAAUUAUAUGAAGAGAUGAAGGAAAGGGCAAAAACAAUUCAAAUCAGACAAGCCAAAAGGCACGGCUCACAAUUCAAUACUCCCACAACUUCUAGGCAAAACACCCCCGCUCAUUCUCGUCAACCUUCCCGCAGCCAAACACCCGAAUUAAUCCAGUUUUCUCGCAGCACUAGCCCCGAAAAUCAAAAACAAUUUCGCAAGCAAGUCGACGAAACUUAUGACAUUCCCGAAUUUUCUACUCUUAAUCAAUCCCCAGCCACCGACGCAGGCUCUUAUGUUGGUAUUGCCGUUCCUUACCAAAUUACGGAUGAGCAAGAAAGUUUAAGCGGUAGUUUUUUAGAUGACAGCCAAAUAUUAAGCCAAUUUCCUACUAAGGAAGACACAGCAAAAACGCUUAAUAUCAACAAAAACGACCAACUAGGAGAAAUUUCCCAAUUGUUUCAACAAAUCACCAAGGAAAACAAUGGAGAAAGUCCUAUCGACCCUAAUGAUGAAAAUUAUGUAAGCCCUAGCGUCAGCCCUCUCUUAAAUGUGCCGCAACAAUAUAAGCGGUUAAGUUUCACUUCUGACGCUUUCAGUGUUAUUACCAACGAAAUUAAUGAAGAAAUAGCCAGCUCACCUUUGGAAGAUAGUAAGGAGUUCAAUUAUAGUGAGGAAAUCAUAAAACGAGUUAACAAUUUAGGAGAACAACAACUAGAAACUAUUAUUGAGGAAGAAGAAGGGCCCGAAAAUGAAACUGAAAACCAAGAAGAUUACCGGCAAAUUAUUGAUGUGGUUUUAGAAGGAGAAGAAAACAAACGCAAACUAGUGCGUAGAAAAGUUAAUGUUAAGAAAUUUGCUGAAAAAACCGGAAAGAAAAUUAUUGAAAUAGGUUCUAGAGUAGCGGAUGUGGCUUUAAGCGAAACAACCCAAAACAUAGCCAAAGUAGUUUUAGCCCCUAUUCCAGGAGGCUCGGUAGUGGCUGAUUUUACUAUUGGCGGAUUAAGGCAAGCCAAACAAACCAUCGGCGAAAUUCAACAAAAAAAGCGGGAUUUGUUAGCAACCAAAAACCUUCUAACCGAAAACGAAGAGGAGUUUUUUGAUGUUGAUGAAGCCGAAAAAUUAACCACAGAACACGCGGAACAAGAACAAAAUUAUUUCUUGAAAGUUAAUCAGAAAUUAGACGAAUUAUUAAACCGCCGUAAUAGUGCUAAUGAAAAGUUUAAGCAGUCGGUUGAUAUCAUGGAAAAUCAAGUAGACUUUUCUGCCCAAAUCAACCAAAUAAGCAAGGAUAUCGGCGUUGUCAACACUACUCAAAAAAAUCUUGUGGAAGCCAUAACCAAAAUGGGAGAAGGGAUAAAAACACAAUCUGACGAAUUUGAAAAAAAAUUAACUACUGACAUCAACACUUCUCUUAAUUCUCUCAAUUUUUCUACUCAACUUACACAAUUGAAAACCGACUUAACCAAAAACUUAAAACCACAAUCUCCACAAUCGCAAAACAACAACGGAUUAAUGAUUGUUAUUGCUAUCGGAUUUAUUGCCAACCUUGCCCUCGGCAUUCUUAACUAUUUCAAAAAAAGCCCCGAAGUUCAACCCCCAACCGCUUAA